AUAGUCUCAAACGCAGCAGAGAGCGGCAAAGAGAUCCUGCGAGCGAGAGUUUGUGAGAGUGAGCGACAAUGGUGUCAGGAUCAGGGAUCUGCGCGAAGAGGGUGGUGGUUGACGCUCGUCACCACAUGUUGGGUCGUCUGGCCUCGAUCGUGGCCAAGGAGCUCCUCAAUGGUCAGAGCGUCGUCGUGGUGAGGUGUGAGGAGAUUUGCAUCUCCGGCGGCCUUGUGAGGCAGAAAAUGAAGUACAUGAGGUUCCUUCGCAAGCGCAUGAACACCAAGCCUUCCCACGGGCCCAUUCACUUCCGAGCUCCGAGCAAGAUCUUCUGGCGCACUGUUCGUGGAAUGAUCCCCCACAAGACCAAGCGUGGAGCAGCUGCACUUGCUCGAUUGAAGGUUUAUGAGGGCAUACCCCCUCCAUAUGACAAGAAGAAGAGGAUGGUUGUCCCUGAUGCUUUGAAAGUGUUGAGGCUUCAGAAGGGACACAAAUACUGCUUGUUGGGAAAAUUGUCAUCUGAGGUUGGAUGGAACUACUAUGAUACCAUCAGGGAGUUGGAGAAGAAGAGAAAGGAGAGAGCACAAUUGGUUUAUGAGAGGAAGAAGCAGCUCAACAAACUGAGGGUGAAAGCUGAAAAGAUCGCAGACGAAAAGCUUGGUCCCCAGCUUGAAAUCCUUGCUCCCGUUAAGUACUGAGUUGUCUUGUUUUAGGUAGUGCUUUUGAAGUUUUGACGAGAGUUAUACCAUAUUGAACUCUGCAUCUUUGUUGCUUGUACCUGGUAUUGGACCCUCAAAUCUGUUAAAUCUUGAAAGCCGUUUUUAUUGAUAUCUUAGAGCUACUUAUGUUAUUUAGACAAUAUAUUUUCCUCAAAUGAGUUGUGGUUUUGCUUCCAA